UUGAGUAUGAUUCCAAUGAUUAAUCAUUACAUAUGAAAAACGAUUUUGAGGGAAUACAGUCAUCAACAUCAUAUAUUAAAAUGCUGAAACUAUUCUUUGUAAUCACUACUUUGAUAACGUUGGUGAGAUCCGAGAUUGAGGGUGAAUGGAUUUGCGAAGAGAUCGAUCUAAAAGGCAACUGCAGUGAUUCACCUGAAAUUAAAAAUUUUAUCGACAUAACUAUCAAUAAAAUUAAUAAUUACGAAUAUCAAGACAACUAUUAUUGUCCGUUCAAUAUUGUGGAACGGUACUCCAAGUGUAUACACUUGUACUUUCAAAGCUGUAAUAUACAUAUGCCCAUUAAAGAUAAAUAUUUAUUCUUGGUAAAUAUGCCACCGGUUGAUAACUCAAGGAUGCUCUGCACCAAAGGUCGGCCUUACAAAAAGGAAUUUCGAGAACACAUGGCAUGUUUGAAAGCGCUUAAAGAAAAUGACGUACAAACCGAAGUACUGCGCGAAAAAUUGCUGUACUAUAUGAAGCAAAAUUUUGAAAACCAAUCGAUUGUAAUAAAUGAGGACUUGCAAGAUAAACUGACGAUAAAUGGAGUAGAUAUGGAGUUAUUGUAUAAUAUGAACCCUAUGAAAUGCCAAAUAUACUCAGAGUUUAUACGGUUACGAUACAUGCAAGUUUAUACACAAUGUGGAUCGAAGACCGAAAAGUUUUCCCGCCAACUGUUCAGCAAUAUUUGGCCCGUAUCGAGGAUGAUAAAUAAUUGCGACAAACAAAUAUAUUUUAAAAUAUAA